CUAAAUUGAACACAAAAUGCCCAGUGAGACGGGGCGAGAGUGAUAGUAGAGUCAAAGAAUAGUCCAGGAAAGAAUAGUUGGGGGCAGAAGAAGGGGUUGGCAUGGGGGUUUUUCAACACAGCAUCAUCCACUCCGCUUCGACCCGUCCACAUUAAACGCGCGAAUGAACAGCAAUCAGCCGAAAUGGGGGAUGGGAUCCAUCAGGAAAAGGAGGAGGAGGAGCAGGGAAAAAGGGACUGUGGGCAUGGCUCUGGACCGACCGGGAAUCGGACGAGCACUCGGACGGACCAUAACUGGUUGUGCCCGGAGGAGGGUUCAUUCAACAAUAAAAGUCACGAUAGACAUGGCAAUACGGAAAUGCUAUUUUCGGGAACCGCCGCUGCCUUCACACGGAAUGGAAUGGUCCACGUCCGCCCUGCGAGCGGAAGUUGGAGCUGCCAGAUGGGAGCCGAUGGAGCUGCUCGUAAAUUGCCCGCCGCCGCUCACUUUAACUUAAUUAUAUAAUUUGUGAGACAGCAGUGAUGGAAAAGGGAGACCAACCGACCAACGAAAAAAGGAAACAUCGCAAAAAAAUAUGGAUUCAAA